AUGUUUUGCUGUUUGAAAAGUUGUGUCAAUGGGUUCUCAUUAACGCCCAGUGUGCCAAUUAGGGUAAAAGAAAAUCCAAUUCAGCUGGACACUCUUCAUAUGGGCCAUGAAGUAGUAAUUGUAAAGGGUGGUCAACGGGCAUGUGGGUCUGGUUGUGUACUUGGCAAUGCACCACUUGUCCAAAACAAGGCUUACUUUGAGGUAAAGCUACAGCAAGGUGGUGUUUGGGCUGUUGGAUUAGCUUCACGGGAAACAGAUAUAAAUAAAGUUCAUGGUGGAGUAGAUAAGGAAUCAUGGUGCUUAAACAGUGACGGUACAGUCCGGCAUGACAACGUAGAACUUUAUCAACUAAAAGCGGCCCCAGAGACACAAACAGAUAUCCUAGUAUCAACAGGCUCACCACAGAAUCACAAAAAUGAAGAUAAUAUAAUAUCAGUGAUGCCUGUGGAAGGUGAUGUUAUAGGAUUAGCGUAUGAUCAUGUUGAGUUAAAUUUCUUUUUAAACGGCAAGAAUAUGGAAAUACCAGUACGUAGUGUUAGAGGGACAGUUUAUCCGGCCCUAUAUGUUGAUGAUGGCGCGAUAUUGGAUGUAAUUCUCGAUAAUUUUCGGUAUCCGCCUCCUAAUGGCUUCGAGAAAAUAAUGGUGGAACAAUCUUUGCUCUAA